AUGAACGCGCCCAUCAUCGCACGGAGGACCGCCUCCUCCAUCUGCCUCUCGUGCAGACGCUCCCUACUGCGCCAGUUCUCCUCAGCGCAACGCCUCGCCUUCCCAGAGUUCCAGCCCUACCGCCUCAACCCUCAACCGCCGUCGCCACCGCGCAGCACAGGCGGCCCGGAUACUUCCAUCACCCAUCCCAUCUCCCCGAACCUACCCAGAGUCCACGAGACGCGGCCGCCUACGUCGCUGGGCGCCAACAGCUGGACGUCGGUACGCGAGGAGGAAGCCCAGAAAUCCCAGCCCGAGUUCGCACGCCCACAGACAUCGACACCUGCAUCGCCGCAAUCAGAGCCGGCGUCCCAGAGCGAGCCCCCAAAGUCUGCGACCACCGCACCAGCGCCGCCCACCGACACUCAUACGCCCAAGCCAAGACCCCGCUCCAAGCUUCGUGCGCCGCGUAAGGCAGCCCUGAAGCUGACCCCCGCCGCCGUGGACCAUUUGCGCGCACUGCUUGACCAGCCUGAUCCCAAGCUGAUCAAGGUUGGCGUGCGCAACAGGGGCUGCAGCGGGCUGGCCUACCACCUGGAGUACAUCGACAAGCCGGGCGCUUUCGACGAGACCGUGGAGCAGGAUGGUGUCAAGGUCCUCAUCGAUAGCAAGGCACUGUUCAGUAUCAUCGGCAGCGAGAUGGACUGGGUCGAGGACAAGUUGAACCAGAGAUUCGUCUUCCGCAACCCCAAUAUCAAGGAGCAAUGCGGUUGCGGCGAAUCCUUCAUGGUAUAG